AUGCGUCGCUCCUCCCUUGAUGUUGCCGAACCGGCGCGACCCUUUGACGACUGCAACGCACGACCCUCUGAUGACGAUGUCAUGGAGACCGAUUUCGACCUCAGCAUGCCCCCCACCGAAGACCAAGUUCUCGAAGAAGAGAGCCGCAUCUUCACCCCGCCACCGCGCAUCGCCGCCCGCUUCUACAGACCCUCACACGCCCGCCGUCGGGAUUCAGCAGCGUCAUCGCGCCGGAACUCAAUAUCGUCAGCACAUUCACGAUGCUCCUCUAUCCAGAACCCACCCGACCGCAACGGCGAGCAGAGCAAGCACAUUGCGCAGCACCUCCGCAGAGCCAGCUUUCUCGAAGACCGUCGCGCCCGGUUGGCCGACCGCGCUGCACAUGCUGAAAAGGUCCGCCUGAGGGCCGCCAUGGCCAAGGCCGCCUACCGGGACACGUCCGUCUCCGAGGAGCGCGCCCUGGCCGCACAGCAAGCGAGGGAACGGAACCUAGCCGAGAUUGUGGCCAACUGUGCCGAGGAAGUGAGGAAGGCGAAGCAGGUAGCCGAGUUUAUCAAGGAGAAGCGUGAGCAGGAGCUCGCCAAGAUGAAGUUGCAGAUGGAGGAGCGCCUGGCCGAGGCUGAGAGGCGCCGGGAGGAGCUUCUCAAGGGUUCCAAGGGGCGUGGGCGGGCUUCGAGUGUGAUGGCUAAGAGAGCAACCGAUCCUGCAGCACGCUCCAAAGAGCGCCAGAGACCCCCCAUGACUCCUGAAACGGCUGCCGCCAAGAUUUCGGGUUGGUGGUUGGGGUGCUCGAGGAAGAUGGCCAUGCAAGAAUUCACAAGCUUGGGCUUGUCCGUCGACGGGAUUAGAGAGACAGAAUUUGACAGCGUCGUGGAACUAUUGGCACAGGAGAAGGUGCUCAUGAUAUCGGCACGGCUUCUCCGCAUCUGCGGGCUCCGCGAGGACGAGCCGGGAUCUGUCGGGGAGAUGGCUGCCGUGCGCACAUUCCUCAGUGCCUUUUUGAUUCUUGGACACCCUGCCCAAGUUCUCAGCAACAAGGACGAAAAGGACGGGGACGAGAUGGCGGCACAUCGUCUACCUGCAGCCGACCUUGACAACCCUCAGCUGCAGGACCUGAUGAGCAAGGCCAAGGAUCUACUUAUUUGCUUUGAGAAAAUCACGGCUCGCUUGACUUCUGCAAACCGAUAUACGAUGCCUCCAGCUUUGAAGACGACGCUUUCCGAGGCAUAUGCCGUUUUCUACAAUGCAUUCAUUGCCUGGAGAUCACGAGAUUCAAACGCACUGAUCGAAGUGAUGUUGAUGCAGUUUGUGGAACUCGACGCCAUCUUCCAGACGGUCAAGGAUUCAACUGAUGACGCUGCCUCUCAGCUGUACCGCCAAAGCAUUCAGGACAGUCAACUAAUGCUUAUCGUGAGGAUCAAGAAGUUGGCAGGACCUGAGAAGGGAAAGAAGCUCAUAUUCGAUGCUGUGAGCGAAGCUAGAAAAGCCAGAAGAGCCAAGAAGAAGACUGGUGAUACCAAGCCCCGAGUUGCCGAAACGACACCAUCCGAAGCUUCUGCAACAGCCACCAGUCUUGUCUCGUCUCCUGUGCAAGUGCCCACGCCGCCUUCGACCCCUGCCGGCAAGGCUGGACAGAGACGACCCACGAUCAAGACUGGUCUGAACGGAUUACUGCCCGACAACCGAGUUGUGGUUCACGAGCUGGCCAUCAACAAGGAGUACCAGAUUCCUUCAGAGGAAUACCAGGAGCAGCAGGCAGUCUUCUCACGGCCAUUGUAUGCGAGCAUGAGAGCCAACAUGGAGAGCUCCCACCCAGAGGCCAACUUCAAGGCCUUCAUGGCUCUUACCAAGGAUAUCAAAGACAAGCUUCAAAGGCUUCUCAAGCCUGGGAAUUCCAUGUACAAUCUCAUUGGCGAGAUACUGGACCCCGAGAUGGCCGAGCGCCAGUUUACCCUUGGGAAUUUCUCGUACGAGAAAUUCUUCGCUGCCAUGUCCUCACUGCUGCCAAAGCUGUGCGCUCCCUUCCGGGAUGACGAAGUCAAGGAUCUGGUUCAGAACAAACUCAACGACGGCAAUCUGAUUGAUCGUGUCGAGGCACUCAAGGGAUUUAUUGACGUUAUGCUUUGUGACUACAUCAACUACUUGCUCCGAGUAGCUGCACCUGGAUUGAUAGACUCAGCUCCGCAGUACGAGGCAAAGAGAUUUGUGGAGGAGGUGGAGACGGGCCAGAUCAACCUGAGAUCUGCGGAGGCAGCAUGGCGCUCCGCUCGCUCGCAUGCCUUGGCAGAGGCUCAAAGGAGGGACCCUGAGGGCAUUAAUCAUCCCAAGAAUGCACCCACUGCUACGCGCUUCUACGCACAGAUGCUCGUGGACAUUUUCACGCAGCCCAUGCCCAUCAACUAUAGCGAGGUACCUGAGAUGCUUCGACUGGACUGCAAGCGAAUUGAUGAGGUUUCACGAAUGAUUCAACGCAUCAUCACCGUGGGUGCUGUCCUGCUCCAGUGCAAGAAUCUGCUCAAGAGAGAUGUUCGCUCGCCGUGGAAGGUCGAGGCCGCCAGAAUCAUGUCCGUCCUCGAGGCGGAGCAUCCUUCGAUGGACACAACCCUCGAGGGGACCAUGGCUGCACUCGAAGCUGGGCGAUCCAUGCCAGCGGCGACCAAGACUCACCUUCGCGCCCUUGUGUCCAAGGUCCUGCACGCCAGCCAGGACAUGUCUCGAAACGGGACCGAACCUCGCGAACCCGUUCUGCGACUGCUGCUCACGCGCCUUCGUGGGAAUAUUCUGGCCCGCCUCGCACCCGGCUCAGCCAGCGAGAAGGUCAAGGCUGCGAAUAACGCGGGUGAGAAGCUUGCCAGUCUUGGAUUAUCCGAGUUUGUUGACAAGGUACGAUAUAUCUCGACCUUGCUCGACAAGAUUGGCGCCGUGGACAAGGCUGCACAUGGCCCAUGGUGGGACGCCAUCGCCACCAAGGUCGAGAACGAGUCUUGA